GCAAGCUCAAUAUUGCAAAUCCCAAUUCGGACGAUGGCGCCUCCCACGAAGCGUAAAGUAGAGGACGAUUUCGUCUUGACCCUCUCCGACAACGAAGACAACCUUCCUGAAGAAGAAGAAGAGCUUCCUGCCUCUCCUCUACCAUUGAAGAACAAGAAGCGGAAACUCGACUCCAGUUCCGCUCCUCCUGCGAAAAAAUUGAAGAAAGACAAGAAGAAACAGAAGGAUGUGGGCGAGGAUGAGAGUGAAGUCGAGGGAACAUGGGGAGCCAAAGACGAGGAUGAUGGGGCCAUGGACUCAGAUUUCGAAUUCCAAUUAGAAGAUGGGAAGGAGGGUGCUAUGGAGGAAUUCGAAGGGUGGGGCUUCGAGAGUGCGAGAAAAGGAUUGAGUGGUGGUAUAAAUGGCGGUGAUAAGAAAGCUGUGGAUAUCGACGACAUUAUCGCAAGAAGAAGGGAGAAGAAAGGCGAAGGAAAGAAAGCUGCAGAGGAGAUUGAGGCUGACGAAGAAAGUGCGAGUGAGAAGGAGGAUGGAGAGGACGCGGAUGCAGGUGGGAUGCAAUUUGAGGAGGAGGAGGAAGAUGAAUUCAUGGCAGAGGAUGGUUUCGGUAUGGGGGUUGCGUCCGACGAGGAGGAAUCUGGGGACGAAAAUCUACCAGAUGGCUCCGAUGAGGAAGCAGACAAGGACGCAAAUUCGGACGACGAGUCAAUAGCAACUGAUGUUCCCCACCCAGACGAUAUCGCCGAAGGCUCGUCCGAUGAGGAGGUAGACAAAGACGAAGAUCCGGAAGAAGCAGCUCGCCGUGAAGCUUUCUUUGCACCAGAAGAGAAGCUGAAGAAGGGAGCCAAAGCUGUUGUCACUACCUCAUUUCAGAGCAUGUCCUUAUCCAGACCAAUUCUCCGAGGUCUUGCAGCUGUAGGAUUCUCACAACCUACGCCUAUCCAAGCAAAGACCAUACCCGUUGCGUUACUAGGAAAAGAUGUAGUUGGAGGAGCUGUCACAGGUUCCGGGAAAACUGCAGCAUUUAUUGUACCUGUUCUGGAACGUCUUCUGUAUCGACCUAAGAAAGUACCUACUAGCAGAGUUGCCGUUCUCAUGCCGACUCGUGAACUGGCGAUUCAAUGUCAUGCUGUUGCUACAAAGCUAGCCAGUCAUACUGAUAUUAAGUUCUGUUUGGCAGUUGGCGGUCUUAGUCUUAAGGUUCAGGAAGCAGAACUGCGACUUCGCCCAGAUGUUAUCAUUGCUACUCCUGGUCGGUUUAUUGACCAUAUGCGAAAUUCGGCAAGCUUCACCGUCGAUGCUCUUGAAAUUUUGGUUCUCGACGAGGCCGAUCGGAUGCUUGAAGCUGGUUUUGCGGACGAGUUGAACGAGAUCUUGACUACUAUACCAAAAUCGAGACAGACUAUGUUGUUCUCUGCAACAAUGACUUCUUCCGUCGACGAUCUCAUUCGUGUUGGAAUGAGCAGGCCUGUCAGAUUAAUGGUAGACUCACAGAAGCAGACUGUAGGUACUUUGAUACAAGAGUUCAUUCGUCUGCGGCCUGGAAGAGAGACAAAGAGAAUGGGGUAUUUGUUAUACCUCUGUUCAAACAUCUACACAAAUCGGGUCAUCGUCUUCUUUAGACAAAAGAAAGAGGCUCAUAGAGCCCGAGUAAUAUUUGGACUGUCUGGACUCAAGGCCACUGAGCUGCACGGCAGCAUGAGUCAAGAACAGCGUAUUACGAGUGUAGAGGCUUUCCGAGACGGUAAAGCUGCCUUCCUCUUGGCUACGGAUCUAGCAUCUCGAGGUCUAGAUAUCAAAGGCGUUGAUACAGUCAUCAACUAUGAAGCCCCACAAUCACACGAAAUUUACCUUCACAGAGUCGGUCGAACAGCUCGUGCUGGCCGUCAAGGUCGUGCAUGUACCCUCGCAGCAGAGCCGGACAGAAAGGUCGUGAAAGCUGCUGUCAAAUCAGGCCGUGCACAGGGAGCUAAGAUCGUCAGUCGAGUGAUCGAAGCGGCAGAGGCAGAUGAAUGGGCUAAGAAAGUUGAUGAUAUGGCUGACGAAAUUGACGAAAUCUUGGUAGAGGAGAAGGAGGAUAAACAGCUCGCUCAAGUCGAGAUGCAAGUGAAGAAGGGCGAGAACAUUAUGGCUCACGAAGAAGAAAUCAAGGGCAGACCCAAGCGAACUUGGUUCGAAAGCGAGCAUGAUAAACUGGCUGCGAAGAAGGCUAGUAAAGCGGAGCUCAACGGUGCCGAAAGUAUACUAAAGAAGAAGGGUGGCAAGUUGAGCAACAAGGACAAGAAGAAACUUGAUGAUAGAGAAAGUCGAUUGGAAGGGAAAGUAUGGAAGAAAGGAAGAGCCGAGAGAGACGGCAAGGGUGCUUUGUUGGCUGCUAAGAAAGAGGGUAGAGGGAAGAAGAAAGUCAAAGGUGGUAAGCCUCCUUCCAAAUUUGCUAAGCCUGGAAAAUUUGGCAAGAAAAGAUAGUAAUGAGGACGAAUUGAAAUCAUCGAAAAGACAGUAUCGUAUGAAAUGCAC